AUGCUGGGACCCGGCUUUGUCUUGAGGAGCUCGCGGAAGAGGCUGGGCUGGCUCUGGCGCUGGUGUGCGCGUUCUCAGGCCGCGAGCGUCAUGUCGCUCGUGCGUCUUGGAUUUGCUUCUAUUCUUGUGUGUAUUGCCCGGACAACCGGUGCGUUGCGGCUUGCAGGAGGGGACGUCCGCCGAGACCGCUCGUCAUCCAUCCAGAACAUUACCAUUGAAUUAACCUUCUCAGGGCAUCGCUCGCUCAUUCAGUUGGUGCCCAACACACAUGAACUGGGUGUUCACCAGGUAUCUCCAUCACACACUGGAAUGUUCUUCAUUUCUCUGACAGGGGUUGCCGAGUCAGGACACGAGGCCGACCUGUGUUUCCAGCCUGGGAAAAGGCAGUGGUUUCCGAUUUUUAGAGGUGGCAGAAGGAUGCAGUUUAGGAAAAGACGCAGCGUUCUUGCGCACUGCUUGUUAGCCCCCGGCGCCCCGCAGCCCGGUUUUUCCUUUGGAUUUAAGCCCUCCCCGAUGAGGACCGUAUUUGCGGCUUCUGCGUCCUCCCGGCGUUUCUAUACAGGCGCUCAGACACGUGACCAUCUUGACACUGCCCAGACUGCCGUCAUCGCCAUCAUCACCACCGUCUCGGUCACCAGCGUCCCCGCAGCUCCUAAGCAUGUUGGCUUCGUGCGGAUGAAUAAUUUUAGGUCUGAGAUGAAGAAAGCCACUUUUGCUUUGGAUUCUGAAGACAUAAAGAAGGGGGUCAAGCAGUCUCAGGAUUUGGAGAAAAGUGAUGUACUGAGGAAAAAUUACCUAGACUUAAAAGGAAUUGUAUUUGUCAUCCAGAGUCAAAGUAAUUCUUUUCAUGCAAAGAGAGCAGAGCAAUUAAAAAAAAGCAUCUUAAAGCAGGCUGCAAAUCUUACAAAGGACCUCCCCAGACUUCUCCUCCUUCACCAACUGGCCAAGCAGGAAGGUGCAUGGACAAUACUUCCAUUGUUACCACACUUUUCUAUAACAUAUAGCAGAAAUUCAUCAUGGAUUUUCUUCUGUGAAGAAGAGACAAGAAUAGAGAUUCCAAAGCUCUUAGAAACACUCCGAAGAUAUGACCCCUCGAAGGAAUGGUUUUUAGGAAAAGCAUUACAUGACGAAGAAUCUACAAUAAUUCACCAUUAUGCCUUUUCUGAAAAUCCUACAGUUUUUAAAUAUCCAGACUUCGCUGCUGGCUGGGCCCUUAGCAUUCCACUUGUAAACAAGCUUACCAAGAGAUUAAAGAGUGAGUCCCUGAAAUCCGACUUUACAAUAGAUUUAAAACAUGAGAUUGCCCUCUACAUCUGGGACAAAGGUGGAGGACCUGCCCUGACCCCAGUGCCUGAGUUUUGUACAGAUGCUGUGGACCACUACUGUGCCACUACCUUCCAUUCUUUUCUACCAAGUUGUGCAAAGCCAGUGAAGAAGGAGGAUAUUUUUGUUGCCGUAAAAACAUGCAAGAAAUUUCAUUUUGACAGAAUACCCAUUGUAAAGCAGACUUGGGAGAGCCAAGCAAGUCUCAUUGAAUACUACAGUGACUAUGCUGAGAGUUCCAUCCCUACUGUGGAUUUGGGAAUUCCUAACACAGAUAGAGGUCAUUGUGGAAAGACAUUUGCCAUUUUGGAAAGAUUUGUGAAUCGUAGCCAAGACGAAGUAGCUUGGUUAGUCAUUGUGGAUGAUGAUACCUUAAUAAGUAUUUCCAGGCUUCGGCACUUGCUUAGCUGUUAUGACUCCAGCGAGCCCGUGUUCCUGGGAGAGCGCUAUGGCUAUGGCCUGGGCACUGGCGGCUACAGCUACGUCACAGGAGGAGGAGGAAUGGUCUUCAGCAGAGAAGCCAUCAGGAGACUUCUUGCCAGCAAGUGUCGAUGCUACAGCAACGAUGCUCCCGACGACAUGGUCCUGGGAAUGUGCUUUAGUGGGCUGGGAAUCCCUGUGACUCACAGCCCUCUCUUCCAUCAGGCUCGGCCAGUGGAUUACCCUAAGGAAUACCUUUCUCAUCAGGUACCCAUAUCAUUCCACAAACACUGGAACAUUGAUCCCGUGAAGGUGUAUUUCACCUGGUUGGCCCCCAGUGAGGAAGACAAAGCCAGGCAGGAGACACAAAAAGGUUCUAGAGAAGAGUUGUGAAGCACGGUAGGCUGUGAGGUUAGUCUGGGCAGGGAACAGAGCUGGAGACCAUAGCCUCGUGUGGCCGUGCCAUGCUCCUGUCUGCCACGUGGCUUGGGGCGCUUCUCGACUUGCGUGGAAGUUAAUUAAGUGUAUGGUGUUUUUUGAGGGGGGAAGAAUAAGAGUCAUGGGGAAAUAUUUUUUUUCUGGGAAAAGUCACUUGCUUUUGACUUAUGUCGUUGUAACACAUACUGAUUACUGUGUAUUUUUCAAGCUGGGAUACAGCGGCUUUAUUACUGUCACAGGAAAAUAAAUGGCACUAGAAGUCCCUUUUCGGUUCUCUUUCUUCGUUAUAAUGGAAGUUUCAGUUUGGCAUGAACCUGGAGAGAUGUGACUGUCCAUAUAUAUGUUUAUAUAUAUAUCGCGAAGAGUGAAAGUCUUUUGACGUGGAUAUUGUCAAUGGUUGGAACGUUUAAACCACAUUACAGAGGAUGAGAAAUUUUCCUGGGAACUCUGUAGGAAUAAUAUAGCAUUAAGGAUCAUUCAUAAAACAUCAUAAAAGUCUAGCUAUGAAAUCCCCUGUAGUCUUUAAUCAUGGUGGUUAUAUUUUAUCUAUUCUUUUGCUGUUUAUGCCUCAUAAAAAGAGAAUAAGAGGUCUUCUGCGAGUGCUUUCUAUUUCUGUAGAAGUUCAUCUGUGUUCUGUUUCUCCCUGAAGCCCUAUCUGUUAUGUCCUACUUGUAACAGGAAAGUGUAGUGGAUGUUGCCAGUAUUUUAAAGCAAUGUUGACGUGUCUUAUUCAAGUCAGCAAGCUCUAUGCAAGUCUCAGGUAGUGAAAUUUGAACCUGACAUUUUCCUCUUGUCUGUCUUUGAAUGUUACUUAAUGACUCUCUCCUAACUCCAAAUGGACCCCCAUUCCCACCCCAGUGUACCAUGAAACCCUCACGGAAGGACAACAUGGUGAUUUGGUAAUUUAUCGCUGUUGUUCAAGAAUGAAAUUUAAACAUAGUAUUUUGAAACAGCUCUAAUUUUCAAAUUGUAUCUUUAAUAUAUAGUAAUUUAACAUAUUCGGUAUCAAUGUAUAAAAAUUACUCUGUAUUUUUAUGUUUUUGAUUAUACAAUUCAGUUUUAUAAAGGUAUUUGCAUAAAAUUUGAUUUUGCUAUGUCUUAAACUAAUUUGGGUAUGCUACUUUCUUUGUUUUCUUUUGAAUAAACCUGCUGUUCAUUAACUUUGCUCAUACCGCUUUUUAUACUCAAGCACAAAAAACCAUACCACCAAAAGUACCUGUGUGUAUGUUUUUUUAGACAAUAUAUUUUUCUUGUAGCUCAGAUUCGACUCAUUUCCAAAAUGAUGCAAUAGCCUUUACUGCUUUUCCAAGCUAGCGGCUACAGGACAAGUGUGUUGCAGUGUCCCAGGAUGCACUGGGUUCAGUUUUGUGCAGGUGGGUUUUGUGACCCAUCUGAAGAAUCAGAAACAAUUAGCGGGAUACCAGGAGGGUUUCCACCGUGCUUCCAUAGGUGGCCUCAGCUUUGUCGUCGUCAUAGCUGGAAUUGUUGUCAUUGCCACCAUGAUAGUCACCUUCAUGUCAUCUAUACCGAUACUCCUGGUGGGUCUUGGCUGCCCACGCCAGUGGAAAAGUCUCCAGUUCUUCUGCUACUGCCACUCUUUGUUACCACGCAGAGAACCACAUAUUCAUUUGACGGGACUGAAGCCGGCAUCAGCGUAUGAAGAUCCAUGUCAAGCUUUCUUCUGUGGUAUGAUCAGUGCCUUCUACUGAUACCAGAGUACCUCCCCUGGUACUUUUAGGUGUUCUGUUAAUUAUGUUUACUUCUUGGAACUAUGUAAGCCUAACCGUGAAUAAAAGAUCUUUGCCUAAA